UACCGAUAACUAUUUUCUGUUUUUUUUUUUUGUGAAAGUUUCUGCUUUAUUGUUUGAUAUAAAAGCGUGCUCUCAUAUAUAUUUGUUCAGUAUGUUGAAUUAGUUUCUGAAGGGUUGAAAAGCGAACGUUUUAAACAUCGAGAACUGCAGGACAGCAGUGCAGAGAUGAUCGAGGUCGUGUGUAACGAUCGACUGGGUAAAAAAGUCCGAGUCAAAUGCAAUUCUGAUGACACGAUCGGGGAUCUGAAGAAGCUGAUCGCUGCUCAGACAGGAACCAGGUGGGACAAAAUUGUCCUGAAGAAAUGGUACACCAUUUUUAAGGAUCACGUGUCUCUGGCUGACUGUAUCCUUUCUCACGUCUCGAGGAUUCAAGCGGUCAUUUUUUUCUCUGAAGGAGGAAUCAUAGCAGUGUUUCCACCGGAUUGUAACCAGAACGAGAUUUUAAAAAAACAACAACUACGUAUCACCAAAAACUCAUAAAGAUCUUCUCUCUCCAUGGGUCAUGUCCUGAACCACUUGUUUUUGUACAGGAGCUUCAGAAUAUUGUGAUAUUUUGUCUUCAGGUUUCAGAUGGAGUCAGGAAUGAACUGACAGUUUUGGUGGUGGUGGUGGUGGGGGGGGGAUUGAUGUAAUGAUUUUAAUGUGAUUGGUUCUCGGUUGAUGAUGUCAUCAGAUAAAUCUGUGUUAAUCUCAGUUUCUGGAUUUAUUUCCGUUU